CGAUAAGGACGCGUGUGAGGUCGCGACUGCUUACGUUGUCGCCGGUGAGGAGCGCCUGCGCCUGUUUGUUUCAGAUGUUGUCCUGUCUUCAUCGCUGGAGCCUCCAGCGCUUCGCUUUUGGACCUUUUUCGAACAGCUUUUUCCAAGCGCAGUCCUCCUUGGUGCCGGAGAUCAGUCCAUGCUGGAGAUCAUCGAGGAAUGGACCACAACCAUGCAUUCGACCUGGUUGGGUGUUCCAGCAACGCGAGAAAAUGAAUCCGAGGACCUUUCAAGAACAUCUUCAUGGCAUGCGUUUGGGAUGAGUUCCGAGCUUGCCGCACUGCCCGAGUUCUUACACCCAACGCUAGCUGGUGACAUCAAUCAUUAUGAUGCAGAAGGAAGUGCCUGAAUCUGUUGUCAUAUUCAUAUUCAAGAAAACUCCAAGCCGGUGCUGGAUACAACAAAUUCUACAAGAAGUUGACGAAAUUCCUUAAUUGGCACGUCGCUUGAAGAAGAUGAGUAUGAGUCUAUUUUCCCAGUCAUAAGCAUGUAGCAGCCCUUGUGUGGUUGUGGUUGUCGUCGGUGAGCCCUUGGCUUGCGUUUAGCUCUUCCUCAGCAGGAGAACGAGAAGAGCGCGUCGUUGGUAUUCUUGAUAGUGAUGCAACAGCCAGUAUCGUUGAAGAUGUACGAAUGCCGGGAAUAGGCGAAAAAGACCACGAAAUUCUCUUCCUGUCAUAUGCAAACCAGUCCUCGUUCGUAGACAUGACCUUGUCGCAACGUUCAGAGGAUGACAAAGCUGCGGAAAAAGCAGGAAAAGCAAAGCAGAAUAAAUUUCAACAGUUAUUGCGAUGAUGAGACGAUGUCUGUCAAAAUUAACUAGAAAAAAUAGAGUAGCUCCUACUCCUAGUAUACGAUAUUUAAUUCCAACCUCUGGCUUCGAAAUUGCGGAGCGGCGGCCAUACCAUGGAUUUCAUAUAUAACUGGUUCGGUCCCCGAUUGGUUGACGUAUCCCCUGAUCAGGCUGAACGCAUUCACAACCAUUACAUCGUUGUUGAAUCUGUUUCCUCUUGCUGGUAGUCUAGGAUGACUAUUUGAGACGCGAAUGAAUGAAAAGCCUCGCAGCUUGCGAAUUAAUUAAGUACUUGCAAUGACCAGGAGAUGCAGAGGCUGAGCUGCAGCUUCAUGAAAUUAUAUAUAAAUAUGUACUACUAGCAGGACAGCACAGCGCUGCUCUAAUGAGGUGCAUGACGGGGAAAGCGGCGCCCGGCUCUACGAUAUCCACCAAAAGGGGACAAACCGUCUUCAAGUUCGACGCGUUGUGCAACGCACUUGACAGUGAGGCACACUGCCUCAGCGAAUUGGAUAAGGAUGCGGCGCACUCGCAGGUCAGCGCUGAAGCCCUCGCGAGUAUUACGGACCAUUUCUCAAAUUUAGUGAGAAUUAUUCAGGUGCACAAGGACAAGCAGGGUGGUGCUGGAUGUGACCGUUCUGUCUGAUUUCAUUUUCAAGAAUUGCCUAGCUACGGCGAAUGGCCAAUGACUAAGUCAGGUUACGAAGCUGAAAACCUUGUUUUCUCUAAGAGGAUCAAAGCACAAGCGAUGCAGAUCUAUGCAUACCGUUUCGACGUUGAAAAGACCGCGCAAGGCGCAGUACAGCGCUACAGUUCGGUGGACACCAGCAUGCGGCGCUUGUUCUCACCCGUGAAGGAUAGAACAAUGGAUGUGUCACGCUUUUAAGAGCAACUGCUUAAGUACUUACAACCAUCAACACGACCUCUGACUGCCGCAUGAAUGUGUAGAAGGGGCCAUCGUAAGCUUUUCCUUUUGCCUGCUGAAGACAUUGAGUGCUUAUACACAAGAAGUAUGCGGCUAGCGUAGUUAGCACGAGAGGGCAGAAGUACUAGCUCCGGGGCCUUAGUGUGCUGGUGCUCCCGUAUGUAGCUGAGUCAAUUCUAAUCCAUCUGGUUGCAGAAGGAGAGAGAGCUUUUCUAUUUUUGCCAGGGAGAGGCGUUGCGCUUUGGGGUUGAAGGAAACACCUACUCAAAAUCCUCUCAACCGGCUUUACCUAGCUUCGGUGAUACACUCAGCGUGGCGCACAUUCGGCAGGAGCAAUUUGGAAAUUGUUACAUCUACGGAGUUCUGCAGGUUUUCGCACGAUUGGGGUGGCUUCGUUAUGGCAAGUAGGCUUAUACUUACUUUGCAUCACAUUCACAGUAAUAUCUAUUCUUGAAUCUUUCUUCAACAGACUGUCUUUUUGUGAAUCGAUUCCCUGUCCUUCAGCGCUUUGUGAAUCGAUUGAGACAUGAUUCAAUGUGUAAGUAGACAUAUUACCUCCGCUAUUGCAUAAUUCGCUUCAGCUACGGCUACGCGACGCGAUCCCCGCCCCCUACUGCUCUGUCUGGGAUUUUGCACACAACACGAGGAAGCUGAUGCGUGUAGCGAAUUCUUCCUGACUGCCUUCUAGUUGUGCCGAUUGUUGAAGUGACUCUUCUCUUCUAUAGCUGCCGUCCUCGUCUAGUUCUUCGCUGGGCUGACGUCUUCAGAAGUUAUCAAUGCAUGACCAGGGUCGGCUUACACGUUUACCACGAUGCAAAACAAAGGAUUGAUACAUAGAAUACACUUCGAUCAUUAUUACAGUAAGGUCCAUGAUGAUCAACUGCUGCUAAUUACGCGAGAUCAAGCCGUCGUCAAUUGGUGUAUACCGUGUCCGCCUAUUCCUCCAGGGAGCCUUUCGUG